AGCCCCCACGCUGCUUGUUCUGUCAGUCAGCAGAGAGGAAGUUAAACCUUGUGGAAGUUCGCUUUUCCUGUCAAGUGAAGAAAUAUUCCAGUUUGUUUUUGUCUUCUUGGCAAAGUUGAGUUCAAUGAGCGGAAAAUAACCAUUUUCAAAUGGUUAUUUGACAGCUAUGACGUACAGACUUUUUGAAGGUAAGGAGCAUGCUGCGUCCUACUGGAAGUACAGAAUCUCACCUUCAGAUCAUCUAAUCCAACAAGUUCUGGACUUCUUAGAGAAGCAUCGGGGUCGUCCCUUUGGGCUGGCUGUGGACGUGGGUUGUGGUUCUGGGCAGGGCACGCGGAUCCUGUCCAAACACUUUGCUUCGGUUGUGGGAACAGACGUGAGUCCUGCUCAGUUGGAAGUGGCUUUGCAGCAAGCCAAAGAGCCAAACAUCACAUAUAGACAAUGUGUGGCUGAGGAGCUGCCCUUCGCUGACAGCUCAGCGGACCUGGUGACGGCCAUGUCUGCCUUCCACUGGUUUGACAGGCCUCGGUUCCUGCAGGAAGCCCACCGGGUCCUGAAACCACAAGGCUGCUUGGCUCUGCUCAACUACACAAUUAACAUGGAGCUCAGCUACCCCGGCUGCUGCAAAGAUACACUAAACCAAGUCUGUGAAGAGUUUUACGCAGCUCUGGAACCUUACAGAAGUCCCCACCUUGGUCAAAGCUCUAUUGCUCUGUACCAGGAGGCCUACGGAUCUAUUCCCUAUCCCAACAAGGAGUGGCAGGAGUGUUUUUGGGACAGAAAUAUUAUGCCGCUGUCCAGCUACAUGGGAUUGGUGGAGUCUUUUUCCAGUUAUCAAGCUCUGCUGAGAGAAGAUCCACAGGGAGCUAACAGGCUCUCCCAGGAUACAACUGAGAGGCUGAUGUCUGUAAUGAAAGUGACUUCUCCAGAGACAGAAGUCACAGUGGCUGUCAAGUAUUUCUACCUUCUGGCCUGUAAACCUCAAGAAACCUGACUUCUGGCAGCUCUGCCCUUUUUAACGAAGUCAGGAAAGGUUACAUCUGCUUUUACUGGUGCUGAUCAUUUCAUAAAGUAUUCUCUUUGGACAGAAAGAAUCUCACUAUAUAUCUCAAGUAACUCUUUGACAUUUGGUGAAAUGCUUAUAUCUGUUUUCUACUGAAAUUUAAAUGAAGUGAUAGCAUUCGCAUAUCUUUAAAUAACACAGUAGCAAACAUUGUGUCGUUUUAAAAAGGAUUUUUUUCUGUUUCACAUAAUGUCAGUAGAGGGCGACAUUUCAUCAAAUGUCCUUUUGAUUAACUGUGUACGUCAAUCAUUUUUUAUGUCGCUGUCUUCACCUUUCUUUCUGAAAGUAAAAAUCUGAUAUUUGUGUAGUUUUUUUAAUGAAAUGUAUCUGAGAUUAUAAUUUUUUAAUGUAA